UCACUCAUGACAUCAUUGGUGUGGUAUGCCAAACUCACACGUCUUUGUAAACAAAGAAAAAAGAGCUAGACAUCCUACUAGUCUGUGCAAAUGUACCUGGAUUUUAUAAAGAACUUUGUUUUGUUUAUAACUUACAAAUUAUUGAUUAGAGCAGGUUGUUGCUCUAAAACCCGGAAGCAAUGAGCAUUUUCAAGUUGUGUUGCCUCUGGAUUUUCAUUUGGGGUUGAAGAUAUCUGUUUUUCAGUAAAAUAAGUCCCCAUUGGUCUGUGGCUGAUGCUGCCCUGGUAAUGGGCGGGGUUUUGAGAGCCAGAGAGUGAGUGUGUGGAGCGGUUGUGUUGGACGGGAUAUUUCUCUGAACUGAGAGGCGCUGUUAAUGUGAACUGGACCUGCAUUUGAACAGUACCGCUGACAUGGAGCCCAGACAACAGGGUUUAUUGGACAAAGAGCCUCUAAAGGAAAUGGACGAGGAAAUGGUGUCAGAGGUGGAUCUCAACAACACUGUCACAGAAGAAGAGCGAGAGGAAAUGGAGAAUGAACUGAUUAAGUUAGAAGAAGAAAUCACUACUUUGAAACAAGUCCUGGCCUCCAAAGAAAAGCGUCACUUGGAGCUGAAACAGAAACUAGGGAUCACACCCCUGAGUGAACUGCGACAGAACUUCUCCAAGAGCUGGUACGACAUGCAGACCAGCACAACAUACAAAAAGACGUCUGAGACCCUAACCACGGCAGGACAUCGGACCUCAGCGGCCUUCAGUAACCUGGGCAAUGCCAUCACCAGGAAGUUCGGCGAUAUGAGCUAUUCUAUACGGCAUUCAAUGAGCAUGCCUACAAUGAGGAACUCGCCUAGUUUCAAGUCCUUUGAGGAGAAAGUUGAAAGCACAGUUUCAAACAUUAAGUCAAAGGUUGGAGGAACAGGAGGCGCGGGCAGUUUUGAAGAGGUUCUGUCUUCAGCGGCCCAAGCCAGCGCCCAGGACACCCCUUCUAAUAAUGUGACCGAGAACAGUGAGCGCUAAGGGUUUCAAUGGUCUACCAGUGGAACUCUGAUGACCCCUAGUGGUUUGGAGACCACAGUGAAAAUUGCACCAGGGGCCCAAAACACGGUAAUACAUGCCUUUCAGAUGCGUGUUGGUGGAUUAUCUCUGCACGGGAGGAAAACAACCAAGUGGAGCCUGUUUAUUCUUUAAGUUCUUUUCAAAAUAUGUAUAUUUUUCGAGGAUAUUGUCUUUGGUGUAGUCCUGCGUUACUUUAUUAUUAUUUAUACUAACUCAACAUUGUUUAACUGUAACAAAGCAUGAUACAUUUCCAGGACCAAAAAUAAUGACUGCGUAUACAAUCCUAAGAGGAGUACUUGAAAGAAUGUUCAACAAAAUAGAUGUUAGACUUUGUUUUCCUGUUUCCUGUCAUAAAUGUGUUAAUGCUCCUAUUCCUGCUAACUACAGCACAUGUUUGUUGAUAACAGAUGCAAAUAGCAAAUAAAAGAACGAGCAUUUACAUUUUA